AGUGCAGGACUUACACUGGCAUUGUGGACUUGGAGGUUUUGCAGAGCUUCUGAAAGAAGGUUUUGAAUGACUAAGACUUUGCAAGGACUGGUGCAAAGUCAGAGAUGAGACUGUGGCAGGGCUUCACCUUGGUUGUGCUCUGCACAGCACCCCUGAAUGCCUGGUUAUGGGAAUCUGAUUCAAACCCUACAAAGACCCUAACUGUGGACAAUGAUACUUCAACAAGGGGAGAAACCCCUAAAAAAGAGGAUGUAUCUGAGGUGGGAGAAGAAAUAAUCAAUGUUGCCAGAGGGAUCAAGAAUUCUGUGCAGAACUGGGAGGAGAGUCCAACUAGUCAUGCCAGUUUGCUUUCUGAUGAGAUGGCACCAGGAGUUCCAAAGACGCUGGAACCUACCAAGACGGAAGAAAGUGGAGUUUCUUUGCUGCAGCUAAUCAAAAACCCCCCACCUAAACACAUCACUUUUGAACAAGGCCCUGAUAACCAUCCUGUCUAUUUGUUCAGUGGCAAAGGAGGCACAGUGCAGCCAGCCCAAGCCCACCUGCCCAGUCAAUUCUACCGGGACUUUUCACUGAUGUUUCAGCUCAAACCUACAUCAAAGGAUGCAGGUGUAAUCUUUGCUAUCACAGAUUCCCAGCAAAAAGUCAUGCAUGUGGGAGUAAAGCUAUCACCAGUAGAAGGCAACACCAGGAAGGUCAAGUUCUACUACACAGAACCGGGUGUUGAUAAAUCUGUAGAAGUAGCAAGUUUUGAAGUGCCGUACAAUCCUGGGGAAUGGAGACGCUAUUCCGUAGCUUUGAACCUCGACCAAAUCUCCUUCUUUGAAGACUGUGACUCAGAGCCCACGGUUGUGCCCUUCACACGUUCACAAAAGGAUAUUAAUCUAAAUCAGGGCUCUAAGAUCUCUGUGGGGCAAGGUGAAGCGACUGAUCCUGACAAAUAUAAGGGAUAUAUCUCACAGUUGAAGUUAGUGGGAAACCCGAGGGCAGCUGAGCGCCGAUGUGAUGAAGCUGUUGAUGAAGACGACGAAGAUUAUGAUUCAGGAGAUUAUGGGAGUGGUUUAGAGUCAGUAACACAGAGCGGAAUGGGUCCUUCCUCUGUGUUUCAACCACUACCUCUACCUUCAGUUUCAUCAUCUGGCAAAGACAGUCCAGACAUAGAUGAAGAAACUGGCUCUAAAGAAGAAAAGGAGGACAAAGCAUCAACAGUAAGCCAAGGGAGUAGAGGCCCAACAGGGCCGAAGAACGAGUUUAACAACCAGGGUGCUGCUACUGUGCUACAACCACUACCUCUACCUCCUGUAUCAUCAUCCAGCAAAUACAAGCUGGACACAGAUGAAUCUCUGGAAGAAAGAGAAACUACUAUAAAGAAGGAUGACAAAUCAUCAACAGUAAGCCAAGCUGGUAUGGGACCAACAGGGCCGAAGAAUGAGUCCAAGACCCAGGACCUAUCAGAUGAGUGUGGAGAAAAGGUUAAUUCUCGCUCAAGUUGUCCUGGUCCCAAAGGAGAUCCUGGGCCUCCAGGACCCCCAGGACAACCUGGUCCUCCAGGUCCAGCAACAGAACUAGUUAAGACUGUUGAAGGAAAUGUGGUGGAGCGUGUAGAGGGACCACCGGGACCAGUAGAGAUUCCAGGUCCACAAGGACCUCCUGGCCCAAAGGGAGAUAAAGGUAUAUCAGGAAAGGAUGGCAAAGUGGGUUCUGUAGGACCUCGAGGUAAUCCAGGACUACCUGGUAACCCUGGAACCAUGGGUCAGAAGGGAGAAAAAGGUGAAGGUGAACCAGGCCCCAGAGGACCUCCUGGGCCACCAGGCCCUCCAGUACCCCCUACCUUAGACCAACCAACAUUUGUGGACAUGGAGGGGUCUGGUUUUCAUGAUCAGUUGCGAGGUUUUCGUGGUCUUCCAGGCCCACCUGGACCUUCUGGUCCUCCAGGGCCAUCAGGGGAAGUUUGUACCUCUGGAACAUCUGGAUCAGUCGGGGCCACAGGACCACCAGGACUUCCAGGUCAUCCUGGUGUGCAUGGAAAGCCAGGGCAGCCAGGGCCCCCAGGUCCAAAGGGAGACUGUGGUGAAUUUGAACUUCCAGGACAAGCAGAAGAGAAGGAAGAUUCUUCAUCGUUUUUUUCCUGGUUUUCUAAUUCCUGGGGGAAUAGUGAGGGUGAAAAGGGUGCUUCAGGUGAUAGGAGUGACCCAGGACGGGUAGGUCGAGCUGGACCUAUGGGACCACAGGGACCACCAGGACUUCCUGGUCCCCCUGGACCUCCUGGAGCAAUCAUCAAAGUUGGCAGUAACGAGUCAGAAAUGAAUCUUCAGUACAUUCCAGGAGUAAUGGGGCCAUCAGGUCCACAGGGACCACAAGGGAUUCCUGGACUUCCGGGCAGGGCAGGUUUUCCUGGAAUCCCAGGAGAAAAAGGCAGUGAGGGUCCCCGAGGACAUGAUGGAAUCCCUGGGCUUGAUGGUUUCCCAGGACAAAUAGGGCCAAAAGGUGACAGAGGUUUUAAAGGAGACAAAGGUGAGCCUGGUCCAGCUGGGGGUCCUCCAGGGCCUCCAGGACCUCCUGGGCCCCCUGGCACAGUGGCCAUUGUAUCCAGCAGUGGUGACAAUGAACAAGGAAUAUCAGAAAUGGGCCCUAAAGGAGAUAAAGGGCCCCCUGGGCGAUCCGUUAAGGGUCAAAAGGGUGAGCCUGGCAUGAUCCUGUACUCAAAUGGGACUUCUACCACUGCUGGAGAAAUGGGUAAACCAGGACCUCAAGGACCAGUGGGGCCUCAAGGGCCACAUGGUCCUGCUGGAAUAAAAGGAGAAAUAGGAUUACCAGGAAGACCGGGUCGUCCAGGUUUAAAUGGAAAGAAAGGGGAAAGGGGAGAUUCAGGUGAUGGGCUAGCUAGCCAUGGAUAUCCGGGACCUUCUGGACCACCAGGCCUACCUGGGCCACCUGGACCUCCUGGACUACCUCUGGGCACUGAGUAUAGUGGCAGCUCCAGAUUUUAUGAUGGUAUAAAAGGAGAUCCAGGUCCUGUAUUUUUUUCAGGCAGUGUUGACAUUCAUUCACUGAAAAAUGAACUAAAGGGUGAACAAGGUAUGAAGGGGGAAAAGGGCGAGCCAGGAAGCUACUACGAUUCUCGUUAUGAUGGAAGGAUAAGUUUGCCUGGAAUACAAGGACCUCCGGGCCCUAAAGGGGAAUCUGUUGUUGGACCUCCAGGGCCUCCAGGAUACCCUGGAUCUCCUGGAACUGGUUAUCCUGGUCAGCCAGGAAAUUCAGGUCCACCAGGCCCUCCAGGACCACCAGGUCCACCAGGAUCAGCAUUACCAGGACCAUACAGACCAUCACAACCAAUCAGUAUCCCUGGUCCUCCUGGUCCCCCAGGACAUUCACAGGGGGUUAUAGUGGCCAGAUCUCACAGCUCAAUGGCCACAGCAACUCGCCAUCAUCCAGAGGGCACGAUAGUAUAUGUCCUAGAUGAGACUGAACUGUACAUCAGAGUGCGAAAUGGUGUUCGGAAAAUCUUGUUGGGAGAAUAUGAGCCUUUUCAGAUUAACUCUGACAGUGAUGUAGCAGCAGUUGUUCACUCUUCAGACACUUAUACACCCUCUCCACCCAGAGUUUUUCCUGAGACUGAUGGACAGCAGCUUGUGUUGCCUGAUGCCAGAAUCCAGCCUCCAUAUGAACCACACUACCCUACUGACCCACAUUACUUAAAUUCACGAUACACAGACCCCAGAUAUGCUACUACAACAGGCACACAUUAUCAGCCUGAAUCUAUUCCCAGAUAUCAACCAAAUCACCCUCACCACAGACACCAUCAUCACUCUGGAUCAGAGCAUCCGCCUCACAGGACACCAGUGUACAGGCAUAGUACUCCAGAAACCCCAGCUCCCAAACAUGAGCACUUUUCUGGCCCUGCGCUGCACCUAAUUGCACUGAACUCACCUCAAAAUGGCAACAUGUUGGGGAUUAGAGGAGCUGAUCAGCAGUGCUUCCAACAGGCUCAAGCUUACGGAUUCAAAGGAACAUUCAGGGCGUUUUUGUCCUCACGACUCCAGGAUCUCAACAGCAUAGUGCGCAGUAAAGACCGCAAUCAAAUUUCUAUAGUUAACCUAAAAGAUGAGGAAUUAUUUAGUAACUGGGAGUCCAUCCUUAGCAAGUCUGAUGGAAGGAUGAGACGUGAAACACGUAUUUACUCAUUCGAUGGCCGAGAUGUCCUCAAUGACAAUGCCUGGCCUGAAAAGAUGGUGUGGCAUGGUUCAAGUACAGAGGGGCAGCGUCACACAGAUAGCUUCUGCGAAGCUUGGAGAACCAACAGCCCUGCAGUCGCAGGCAUGGCCUCCUCUCUCCAAAGUGGUCGCCUUCUGCAGGAGAUGCCACGCAGCUGCUCCAAUUCCUUCAUCCUGCUGUGCAUUGAAAACAGCUACAAUGCCAAAUAAGGCGAUAUUUUUUCUUUAGUUUUUACAGCUGCUUUAAAACACACACAAACACUUCCAGACAGAGUUUAGAAGAGUGAACCGUGCAAUACUGUCCACAAGAACAAAAAGUUGGAACAUUCUUUAAAUUGUAACAAAAACAAAAAUCUGGAGAUGUCUUCACACUUUUUUGCAUGACACUGUAAGAUACUAUGAUAAAUAUAGCCAUGUUCUUGGGCGUACUUUGAAAUAUCAUUGUCAUUUAACACAGUUCGCCUCUAAUUCAAGACAUGCAACCUGACAGUUCAGGUUCUCUGGACACAAGUAAUUUCAAAGAAAUGUGUAUGGUCAACAUUUUAGCUUGUUUGGGGUAAAUGGAUGUCCACUUUUCCUUGCUAAAGACAAAAAGGACCAUCUAGACCAGUGGUCCCCAACCACCGGGCCAUGGACCGGUUCCGGUGGUCAUUUAUUACCGGGCUGCACAGAAAGAAUAAAUAAUUAGAGAUCGUUACAAAAGCAAUGAAAACACUGCUUCCUGUUUUUUCCAACACACUUCGGGUGUUAUUGUCUCCUAACCCCCCUAGGUGGAAGCGUCUCGUUGCAGUGAAAAAAGCUCAGGUUUCCCACUGAUUUUCCAUCAUUUGUGAGUAGUAUAGUUAUUCUAUUUUAAAUCCCCCUGCCCCCGCUUGUCCGUGAAAUUAUAUCUUAUGUGAAACCAGUCCGUGGUGCAAAAAAGAUUGCUGAUUUGGACUGUUAUUAGCAAAUGGUGCAUCAGUGCCCACAGCAUGUGUGAAGGUACUAUAAGGUACUAAUGGGAUCCUUGCCUUGGGAUUCUAUUGGGAUCAUUGCCUCAUUCUACAUGUGAUUCAUUAUGUGUCCACAAAGCCUGUUUGUAAGUACAUGAUCAUGUACUACAGUACUGUCAUCUAUUGAAAAUGAAUUAACAGGAAAGUUGUGGUACACAUGCCAUGUUUAAAUUUUUUUGGCAUUGUUGCAGGCAUUCAAUUUAAAAUUGGUUCAUUAUUAUCAAAUACAAUUAAAUUGGUGACUGAAAACAUUGGAAUUUAAAGCUUUUCGGAAAAUGUUCCAACUUUUUUGAAUUGGGUUUGUAUAAUUAAGACUCAGGAUAGGUGGUAUAUUUUUACUCAAUGCGUUGUGAGAUUUGUCUGUUUUAUUAGAAACCUUUGAUCAGUUACAACUACUAUAGAUAUGUGUGUGCAUAACAGAUGGACUAUGGUCAGUAACUAUAGACCUACUAUAUAUCAGCCCCCCAUUUCCCCUUUACUAAUGGUAAUGACUCACCAUAGAACCAUCAUUAAACAAAUAUUAUGGUAAAUAACAUGCAAUGGUAUGUCACUGUUUCAUGUACUGGGUGCACCAGGACAGUUUAGUAUUGGGUAUUGGGACACCUCUACUACUUUAUGUUUCAGCCACAAUUAUUGCUAACAGUUUAGGUGACUGUCCACCUAGGCACAAAGUAGAGUCUGUAAAGACAUGAAGAAAAGCUUGGUUUACAGAAACUCCAGUUGCCUGCACAGAACCCUGACCUCAGCCCCACUGAACAGCUUUGGAAUGAACUGGAAUAUCAAUCAAGACAUUUUUGACCAACAUCAGUGUCCAGCUAUGAUGGGCACAAAUUCCCACAGACAUACCCCAGUCUUGUAUGAAGCUUUCUCUAAAGAGCAGAUUUUAGAGAUGAAAGGAUCGCACAGCAUUUGUUUUUGGAAUGGGAUGUCAAACAAGCUUGUGGUCAGUUGUCCAAAUACUUUUUCAGGACAUUUUCAGAUGCUUCAGUCUUUGAGUGUUUUUAUUGUGUGGGCAAGAAAUUUAUAUCAGUCUUAGUAUUGGAGCCUAUACAUAUAUAUAUAUAUAUAUAUAUUAUUAUUAUUUUUUUUUUUUUUUUUUUUUUUUUUUUUUUGUUUCUGCAUUUUCUCCUCCCUUUUUUCUCCCGACUUUUAGCGUGUCCAAUUGCCCGAUUGCGUCACGCUUCCUCUCCACUAAUGCCGGCCCCGGCUCUGAUUGAGGAGAAUGAAGCUAACCCACGCCCCCUCUGACACGUGGGCAGCAGCCGUAUGCAUUUUAUCACCUACACUAGAUGAGAUCAGCUGCGGAUCAGCUCUGUGUACGGAGAGACACACCCUGAUCCGCACUCUUUCCCCACCCCUGUGCAGGUGCCAUCAACCAGCCAGCAGAGGUCGUAGUUGCGUCAGUCAUGACAGAGUCCCUAUCUGGCUUAAUGCCCCACCCCCUAUAUGCACAACAGGUCAAUCGUUGUUCAUGUGGCUGCUCAGCCCAGACAGAUGGCAGAGCUGAGACUCGAUACGAUGUAUUCAAGAUACCAACUCUGGUGUGCUAGCGUGUGUUUUUACUGCUGCGCCACCUGAUCGACGUAUCUGAGCCUACUUAAAUUAAAGUUAGAGUAGAAGGACAAGAUGAUGCGUAUAUCAUUUACAUAGGAAAUUAAGAGAAGGCAUAUGUGGAUGUGAUUUUACCAAGAGAACAGUUGUAAAGGUAAAAAGGAGUGGUAUGACAAUUCCUACUUGUAAAAGUGAAGUAUCGUGUGGCAGAGAUUAGAUGCUUAGACAAAAUGGAGAGGGCAAUCUUGUAGUUUAGUUAGCUAUUCUAAAAAUAUUACUAUAUAGAAGUUAAAAGUUUAAAAAUCAUGUUCUAAUAAAUUAGUCACUUCUAUGGCGGGGUCACUUGCCAUCAUUGCCUAAUAUCACAAAUUUUAUGCACUUAGGAAACAAAUGCUUGCCUUGCUGUUAGCUGUAUGACUACCAUACUAUUCUUAGUGCAGCAGUGACAAACUAGUACCAUUAUCAAAGAAGUCUACCCCCCAAAUAAUAUCUAAUUAGUGGUGGAACUUUAUUGGUCAUUUUCCAUUGAUAAACCAAGUAGAGAAACCUAACAAAUAGUUUAUACUAACAAAUGGGCUUCAGUUGGCAACAUGGUAGGUUUGUAUAUGGUAGGUAGCUAAUAAAGUGAUAAACAUGUAACUAAAUAGAUGGAUAUCACAGCCAGUUCACAGCUCUGUAUUUUUAAUGAACCAUUAAAAUAUAACAGAUCACACUUUUUAAUAUAGGCCUGUAACUGGUUCCUGUAACACUUCUUAUAUGUCAACAUUACUUAUAUUUUUUUCAACCAGCACACUUAGUAGUCUGUUAUCAGACAGUUUACAAAAACAUGCAUUCAUUAACAAAGUGUUUACAUACCAAGUUACAAUCCGGUUAUCAGAUUUAAAAAUUGCCUAUCAAGAUGGUAACAUAAACUGCACACUAAUUUACUGAUAUAUAAAAUCAGAAUAUGGAGUUAUAGAUUUAAAAACAUUCAGUAAAAAGACCUUGUGCUGUGUGUACAUGAUGAGAAACUGUCUACAUAAACAUGAAUAUUUAUGAAACAUUCUGUAAUUCUGUAUAUCCCAUCACGUGCUUUAGAUGUGGUGUAUGCAUAUUUUAGGGGAGAGUUAGAAGUUCAUGCUAUAACCUCACUACUAAGGUACUUAUCUGGUAUGUACAUUUGUUACCUAAAAUCUGAUUACUGAAUGAGCCAUGCUGACCCAUUAUUAAUGGCUACAUCUGAUCUUUGGCAUGUAAACACACUUAGCACUUCACUUAAAAUGCUCAGAUUCAAUUCGCUUGUACAAAGCAGUAAUGUACAGUCAUCUCAUUUGUUUUUACCUUUAUAACAAUUUAACUGCAGCUUUGAAGUACCAUGAUAAAGUACAAUAAACCCAGCAUACCAUUGAAUCUUACUAAAUACAGUCUGUGACAGCUGGUUGCCUUUCUCACCUUGAAACUGUUUAUAAUGUUAAUAAGCUAUUUUUAAUAAAAACCUUAUAUACACUAAACAAGUUCAGUAAAACUUAAUGUGACUUAAGAUUUUGGAACUAUUAAGGUGCUUUAGAAAAUCCAACCCAAAAGACACAAGACCAUGUGAGGUCUGUUGUUUCCCUCCCUUGUAUGUAUUUAACUCAUCCAUCUAUCUCUAGCUUAGCGUGUAAUGUAUAAUCAACACAUGUAUAGUUUUUUUUUUUUUUUUUUUUUUUCAUAGAAAUGAUGUUAAAGACUUCAAUGUCUAUACAUCUAUACGUAGUUGCACCUAAUAUUUUAGUUCUAUAUUUAUUUGGAAAUAAAACUAGAGUUUAAUAUCUUGUAGCCUGCUGUACUACAGUAUGCACUGUUAAAAGGUUAUAAAACCACUACCAAACUGGGAGCCUUUUUACAUAAUGUACAUGUCAUUUGUCACAAUAAUAAACGUUGUUUUUCUAAAA